AUGGCAUCCAUUCGCGCACGUUCAGAUUCUCGAUCCAGGCCAAACUUCACACCAACAACAAGUAGGAUAGCCCGCAAGGAGACUGGUAGCUCUCGGCUUGGGCUGCCCUCAGCUUCACAAUCUAAGCUACCACAGAGCCGAAUACCUCAAAAUGCUUCCUCUCAAAAGCCCCCUGGUCAUAGGCCUGCCGCAAAACCACCUCUAACUCAUGAAACACAAUCUUGGUCAACAAAUCCCGGCCCCUCAACAGCGAAUUCAGCGGUCUCAUCCACAUUCGUUACGCGCCGGCCAAACGAAAUAAGUAAUCCACCACCACGACCUUUUCUGCGUCGGAAACAAUCAAGUCUCUCUCAUGAGCGACCACAUCUGCCAAUCCAGUCUCGUUUAAACUCAGAAAGAGCCGAUUCAUCUUCUUCAAUACCGAAGUUGCAACCAUCUUUGGAUUCCAGUGACCCCUAUUCGGAUAGGGGCAUGGCCGCUAGCCCCGUUGAGAUUCGAACCACGCAAAAGUUAGAAUUACCCCGGAGGACUAAUCAACCUGCGAGAAUCUAUCCAGAACUGGACCGGUAUCGAGAUAUUGACCUCCCCUCUUCAAGAGGUGGUCCAAGUAUAGAUGUUCCAUUCAGACUAGCAACCGAAAACCUUCCGCCGCCAACACCGCUUUUCUCCGGAGGAAGUAGUCAUAGCCAGUUAAGCAACUUUAGUGCCAGCCCUUCCACCAGAUUUUCCGAGUCUCCUGGGCCGAGUCCAUAUAGUCGCGAUACAACGCCAACCUCAAUGUCGUCACAAUCCCCAGGGCUCCUCGCGCCUCAUCGAUUUCCUAUUGCUAGGCCAAAGCAAGCGAGUCCUGCCCAGACCAGACCGCCAGUGACACGGAGAAGAGCCGGCAGUAUAUCAAGUGAACGAGAUGGUUUCAAUGCCGACCCCCAUGGCCUUGCUUCAGUGCGAGAAGCGUUGACAUCCUCGUCUUCAAGCUCAACGGUCCGUAACGAAGAUGAAAACAAGAAAAAGUUGCGUAAAGGGCUCUCACCAGCCUUGCCAAUUCCGCCACCGAGGAAAUCAUCCCAAAAAUUCAAAAAUGAUCAAGACAACAACGGAUCGCCAUCAAAGGCUCCUCAACUACCUACUCAGCCUGCUGAAAGAUCUUUAUCCCCUACUAGAGCAGUCCAAGCAUCCCCUAACAGAGCCUUGAAUACUACAACAUCUCCCCAAAGUCGGCCAAUACCACCCUCAAGACCUAGCCGAGACGGGACCCCCGAUUUGUAUUCUCAGUUCGGCGGUCCAAUCCCCGUGAUUCAUAGCAAUUUGUCUUCUACCAGUCUCGUUGAUAGACGUCACAGUGCCCAGCUAGGACCUAGUUCACUACCAAAAUCAACAAUGACUUCUUCUAAAGAUCGCUCGGUAUUAUCGAAACCCCCCACAGCUCGAGAAGUCACACCAGCACCGAGAUUGAAUGUUCCAAAGACUGCCCAACCAAGCCAAACAGAAAGGGGUAAAGUUAGCAGAACACCUAGCCCAGCGGCCUCUUCAUUCAAAACGCGAUUUCCGCUAUUCGGACGACGUACCAAGGUGGCUCCAGAAAUACCACAGGCUGAAAAGAAAGAGAAGCCCACGCGAAAAGGCCCAGCCGCUGGAACAGGUCAUGAAGGAUAUGGCAGGGUCGGUUCAGGCAGAAGACGAAGCAGUAGUGCAGCGAAUUCUAACACAUCACGCGGGUUACCAGGCCCGAUAUCUUCGUCAGAUAGCCUCGCAAGCCUUCAGUCAACCGAUGCCUUCUUUCUGGAACGGAUGAACCCUGUGAUAAUCGCUGGUGGUGAGAUCGUGGAUAAUCAAAAUACAGCCUCCGAGUUAACGCGAACCGAAAGCAACCAGAGCAUUCCCCCGACCCGUCCUGGUAUUGGUUCUCGCAAUAAUUCGACCGCUUCGAUGUCUUCAAAGGAAGAGUCUCGGCAGACAUUGUGGCCGUCGCCUUUUCCUCGUGUAUCGAUCCAGUCUCAUCCUUCUGAUAGUAGCGACUCAGAAGCGGUUUCGAUGAAGCCAACCAUUGCGUUUCGAAGGUCAAGGCAACGACUCCAGUCGCCAGAUCACGCCCCUCUUAAUCUACCAAAACCUAUCAUUACUAGGGGGAUGACAUCUCCGUCUGUGGGAAGCAUAGAGACGACUAUUUUGACGGAUGACUCGGCUUUGGAUUCUAGACCGGAACUAACCCGCGAGCAGGUGGAAUUGAAGGCUGGGCCGAAGAAGCUGACAAAACGAGCCAAGUCCCCUCGCAAAUGGAACCUGUUUAGCAGAUCUCAGAGUCAGCCUCCCAAGGAUCGCAAGAAGGUCGAAGCAAGUGUAUCCGCCACAGUGAAGCCCGCUUCGAGCAAGCCAGUUGCAUUCUACACCAUGAUAGAUUCUUCGGAACAAGAUGACGCUGAGGAGCAAGACGUAUGUGAUAUUUUGAGGGAAGCAGAAGUUCUCGUUCCUUUUAUGGCGACAGAAGGACAUGGUCGAAACUUAUCUGAAGGAAGUCAUCCCCUCGAGAUGUCACAGGCUCAACGACUACAUACCCGGCAGACUACAUCGGACCCAGAUAGAGGUAUUCCAAAUUACAUGAAACCACUAAAACCUUCACCACCAAAACGCGAGGAAGUCUCUGUCAAAGCUCCAGCUUCAACUGCUCCCAGAUCUCGUCCAAGCCGACUUCCCCAGGUUGGCAGGAUACCCAAGGUUGUCAAUACUCGCCCGGAACAAACAUCUCCAAAGAGUUUCUCACGACCUUUUCAUCGAAUUAGCCUACAGCUACCACCUCCUGACCUGAGUAGGAUUGACCGAAACUCCGUUGCAAAAGGCCCAAGUCCACCGAGGGUUCCAUCACCUGAGCGUACUCAAGAGCAGCCGUCAAUAAAAAAGAUUGGUUCUACUUCCUCAACUAAACAAACCCCAGUCACCAGAGAAGCGGCCCCCAAGCUCGAUAAGCCUAAAAAGGAGUUCCUUGCAUUUUCUCCCACGAAAGUUUCAGAACGCAUAACAAAUCCGACACCUGAUAAUUCCGAAUUAGCUAGCAUUUAUAACCGCAUAGCCUUACCACCACUGCCGAAGGCCCCGCUAACCGAGGAUGAAAUCUGGGAUGAAUAUAACGACUUUUUAGGCGAAGUGCCACCUUCUGCAACAUCUUCUCGCGGGGUUCCUUUUCAUCUAGAAACCUUUACGUCUAACCUACUAGCAAAGGGAUCUAAAAAGCCAUUAGGAAAAGCUACAACUACUACUACCGAUAUACAGGCCGCCAAGGACGUCCGCGACUCCUUCGAGACCGGAAAGGCUGCUACAUCGUCCAGUCACUUUAGCGCUGACAUGACGGCCAGAAUUAAUGCUGCUUUUAGAUUUAACUCUGAUGCACCAGUCACGCCUUGUUCAGCCUCGGAGUUUGUUUCUAGAUGCAGUGAUCAGGAAAGCAGCAGCCCUAAGCCGGACAACCCCCCUGUUGCUUCCCGGCGGUGCAGCCCAUCGUCAUCUUCAACCAAAAGCGUGAAAGCCAAGAGAGGCUCGGGUAGUAGUCGCAGCAGCGAAGAGGAAACGCCCCUUUCUCAAGUCAACAUUCGAGUUGGGUCCAUGACAGUUAGCAAAUGGCUUACUUUUGGCCAUGUGCUGUUCAGCCCGAUUCGAGAAGAGCUCCUUAAUGAUGAUGAUCCUAAUAAGCGUCAUUCCAUUCUGGUCAUCGACGGCCUUGGUAAUGAUGACUGGUCAUUCUAUGCUGCUGAGACAUACCCUGCCGCUACUUUCUUCAACCUCUCUCCUCGUGCACCACUAAGCCCAGAGCAACAAACGACCCCUUCGUUCCCUCUCUCACCACCCAAUCAUCACCAAAUCCAGUUCACCUCGUAUAUGGAUAAGCUCCCCUUCGGACCGGACAGCUUCACCUCAGUCGUAUUUCGAUUUCCUUCCGCAGCUCCAGAGUCCCAUUACCGCAACAUAAUUUCGGAGGCCCGACGCGUGCUCAAGCCUGGUGGAUAUAUCGAACUGUCCAUUCUCGACGUGGAUCUGAAUAAUAUGGGCAACCGUACUCGGCGCGCCGUACGUCGCUUGAAGGAGCGGGCAAGCGCACGCAACCCCAACUAUAACCUCAGCAGUACAGCAGACCUCAUUCUUCGCCAUCUCGGCAAGAAGGGGUUCAUCGAUGUCAAGUCGUGCCGUGUCGGUGUACCCGUAGCGAGCUCUAUCACCAAUGCGUCUUGUGUAAAGAGUAAGAGGGACGAGCGAAGUCUGGCAGAGAUGAUGAACGACAAGACGGAGAUAGGCGACGAAAACAUCACGAAAAUGGUUUCAAAGGUGGGACGAUGGUGGUAUAACAGAUGCUACGAAACCCCGACCGGGAUGACCACCAGCAUCUGGAAUGAUAAGGCUUUGUUGGCUGAAUGCGAGGAAUGGGGCACAAGCCUCAAGCUCAUGGUAUGCCACGCAAGGAUGCCCGAGGCAGGGGGGAGAGUCGCGAGCAUAUGA